GUUGAAAGAGAUGGAGGAGCCGGGGGGGGCGGAGGGGAGACCGGGAGAGAGAUCCUUCCUAUCAUAGUAGGCCUUCAGAGUUGUUUUCUUCUAGUCCAAGAAAUAGAGUAAUUCUUUCUACUUUUGAUUCCUUAUCUUGAACGUACUCAGCUGCUCCUGGCAAGGAAGAAGAGCAAAGCACCCAUCUUCCUCCCAUAGGGCAAAUAUAGAGAUUUGUAUAUAUGAGUGAAUUUAUAGGCAGAGAUUAGAAAAGCCCCUCGUUUACUUGGGAGCUUCCUUUUAUUAUAAUUAUCUUGCUCUCUUGUUCUCCAAAGGUUCGGCUUCGCUUAAAAUCUCAGACGUCUUUUGGGGUUUUUCUCUAUGCAUAAAGAGAAGAAUGUUCAUCUGAUAGAAGUAGAAACGUAAGAAGAGGAGAAACGAGAAGUCACCAUCGAGAAACUGGCGAAUCGUUGGUGGACCGGGCACUUUGGGCUUCCCCGCGGGGUUGAACCGGCGUCCCCCGGUUCCUCCGGCCCCAGGGAGCUCAACCAGAUGAUGCCCCUAAAGGAAACCGAUCCCGGCACCCGAGCUGAUGGAGAGGAGGAGAGAGACAACAGCGACGAGCCGAUGGAGGGCGCCAUCGAGGUCGCGACCCGCCGGAGCCGUGGCCGCCCUCCAGGCUCCAAGAACAAGCCGAAGCCCCCCAUCUUUGUCACCCGCGACAGCCCCAACGCCCUCCGGAGCCAUGUGAUGGAGGUGGCUGGUGGCGCCGACAUAGCUGAGUGCAUAGCACAGUUUGCACGCCGCCGGCAGCGCGGCGUCUGCGUCCUCAGCGGCACCGGUGCAGUAGCCAACGUCACGCUCCGGCAGCCAGCUGCGCCGGGAGCGGUCGUCGCGCUGCGCGGCCGCUUCGAGAUUCUUUCACUCACCGGCACCUUCUUGCCUGGCCCAGCCCCGCCGGGGUCCAGCGGCCUGACGGUGUACCUGGCCGGUGGGCAGGGCCAGGUGGUGGGGGGAAGCGUCGUCGGUUCGCUCGUCACGUCGGGGCCUGUCAUGGUGGUCGCUGCGACGUUCGCUAACGCCACCUACGAGCGGCUGCCGCUCGAGGAGGAGGUGGAGGAGGAGGAGGAGGAGGAGGAGGAGGAAGGGCCAGGCAGCAGCGGCGGACAGCUGCCCUGCAGGUCGCCGACGGCGAUGGGGGCUGGAUUGGCCGACCCAUCUUCGCUCCCCAUCUACAAUUUUCCUCCAAAUCUGCUCCCUAAUGGCGCGCAGCUGGACCACGACGCCUUCGCAUGGGCUCAUGCUCGGCCCCCAUACUAAAACCGAGGGAAAUCAAAGGGAAGGAAAAGGAGAAGCAGGCAAUCUCAUGUCCAAGCCCCAGCUUUGUGUGCAUGAUACAUAAUGGGUCAUGAUGGAAUACUCUUAUGGUGAGCUUUUUAUUUAUAUUUCCUUCGAUAGCGUGAUGUGCAGGAGUGGUGUUAAUAAUCAGUUUAUUGCCCUUUGUGGCUGACAUAAAGUAGCCGGAUGUUAAAGAUCCGAUGUAUCCUAGCUGUUGGAGAUUUGAGUUUGCCUGUCUCAGCUCUUUCUUUUCAUCAUGUAUAUAUUAAUCAGUGAACCCUUAAAUUUCCA